CCAGGCAGCCGAUGGGGCUUCUGGAGAAACAAGACAUUUUCUGAUUGAAUUAUUCAGAAAGAACGUGUAAAUAUUAGGGUCUCAGCUGCUUUCAGAAGAAGAAGAAGUGACUGUGUGCAGACGGUGGUUGUUAGCGGCUUCCUGUUAGCUGCUGCUGGACGUCCGGCACCUGUUUAUCGUCGUAUUGUUUGUAUUGUAUCUGUCAGCUGGCCGCUGGAGCUCGCUAUGGACGACGGCACGGCGGCGGAGUCUGAGGACGGUGGCCCCGACAGGAGGCGCAGGGUGCACGGCAUGCUGAAGCUCUACUACGGCCUGAACCAGGAGGGCAAGGCCGAGGAGGAGAUGGAGUCCCUGGAUCCCUGCGACAUCAACGGGCCUCACUUUGACCCCGAGCACUACCUGAACAAGCUCAGAAGAGAGUGCUCUCUUGCCGAGCUGAUGGACCAGGAGACUUGCAUGGUGAAGCAGAUCCGCUCUUUGGACAGUGACAUGCAGACGCUGGUGUAUGAAAACUACAACAAGUUUAUAUCUGCUACAGAUACCAUAAGAAAGAUGAAGAAUGACUUCAAAAAGAUGGAAGAUGAAAUGGACUGUCUCUCUGCUAACAUGGCAGCAAUCACAGAGUUCAGUGCUUCUAUCAGUGGUACCCUACAGGACCAGCACACCCAGAUUACAAAACUGUCAGGGGUUCACACUCUGUUGAGGAAGCUGCAGUUUCUGUUUGAACUGCCGGCUCGAUUGAACAAGUGUCUGGAGCUGCAGGCCUAUGCUCAGGCAGUGAGCUCCCACCGCCGUGCCCGCUGUGUGCUGCAUCAGUACAGCCACCUGCCCUCCUUCAAGGGGAUUCAGGAUGACUGUCACGCUAUCAUGGACAAGCUGGCGCAGGAGCUUCGACAGAAGUUCAGGGACGGUGGAUCAAGCGCCAAAGAUUUAUCACAGUGUGUGGAGCUGCUGCUACAGUUGGACGAGCCAGCCGAGGAGCUCUGUGAUAAAUUCCUGAGCCAUGCACGAUCUCGACUGGAGUCGGACCUUCAGGGCCUGGAAGCAGAGAUAAGACCAUACUCCUCUGCCUCAGCUGUGAAAGAUGCUUCAGUGCGCUGGUCAUCAUCGACUGCAGUACCCGGAUCUCCAGAUGAUAAGUCACCUAAAACGAGAGCUCUAGCUUCUCCCACCUCAAACACUGACAUCCUGGAAUUCAUUGACAGAGGCUGCAAUGAAUUUGUCAGCAGCUUAUGUUUGCUAAUUACAUCGUAUCAAGAACUUUUUGUCAACCACGCUCAGACAGGAGAGCUAGCAUCUAAAAAUAUCCCCCAGAUGGCAAACGGCAAGCUGAGUGCCUUUGUGGAUGACCUGGCAGCUCGGUAUUUCUCACUUGUCGAGCGGAGGAUACAAGAGGAGAAAGGUGUUGGAGAUAACUCCCUCCUGGUCCGUGCACUUGACCGCUUCCACCGCAGACUUCAGGCUGUGUCCAAACUGCUGCCGGGCUCGUCCGUGCCAAACAAGGGGACGGAGAUUGUGAUCCGGGCGGCGACGGAGCGAGUCAAGCAGUACCUCUCCGCCCUGCAGAGCUUCUACCUGGACAGCUUGACAGAUGUGAGGCAGGCUUUGGCAACACCGCGUCUCUCUGUGGCUAGCGCUUCAGCGACUGGAGGCGGAGCUCAUCAUGGGGGGCCGGCAUCUGGGCGAGAUGCUCCAAACAGCCUGCCGGAGCUGCUCUCCUCCCUUUCAGCCUCGAUUCUCAAUCAGAUUAAAUCAGUGCUGGCAUCAGUGCAUCUCUUCACAGCUAAGGACAUUGCGUUCUCCAACAAGCCGUACUUCAAGGGUGAAUUCUGUAGUCGUGGUGUACGUGAGAGCCUGGUGGUGAACUUUAUAAAGUUUAUUUGCCAGUCUUCUCGCCAGUUCUGUGAGAGCGCAGGAGACAAAGGAGGUUCGACUCCCCCGGCCCUCCUGUUGCUGCUGUCUCGCCUCUGCUUGGACUAUGAAACCUCGACCAUCUCCUACAUCCUCACGCUCACAGACGAACAGUUCCUCGUGCAGCAUCACAGUCCUGUAACACAGGUCACAACUCUAUGUGGAGAAGCCAGGGAGGCAGCACAGAAGCUACUGAACCAUUAUGUCAAGGUUCAGGGCCUGAUUAUCUCCCAGAUGCUAAGAAAGAGUGUUGAAACACGAGAUUGGGUGAACACCAUCGAGCCUAGAAAUGUCCGCGCUGUGAUGAAAAGAGUAGUGGAGGACACCACCUCAAUUGAUGUGCAGGUCGGGCUCUUAUAUGAGGAAGGUGUGAGGAAGGCACACAGCAGCGACUCCAGCAAAAGGACUUUCUCUGUUUACAGCAACUCCAGGCAGCAAGCGCGCUAUGCGGCCAGCUACACUCCAAGCGCUCCUAUGGAUACCAAUCUGCUGAGCAACAUCCACAAGCUGUUUUCUGAGAGGAUCGACAUCUUCAGUUCAGUGGAGUUCAACAAGGUCUCUGUGAUGACGGGAAUCAUCAAAAUCAGUUUGAAGACGUUCCUGGAGUGCGUCCGCCUGCGCACAUUUGGCCGCUACGGGCUACAGCAGAUCCAGGUCGACUGCCACUACCUGCAGAUGUACCUGUGGCGCUUUGUCUCCGACGAGAACCUGGUGCACUUCCUGCUGGAUGAGAUCGUGGGCAGCUCCGCCCACCGCUGCCUGGAUCCCGCCCCGAUGGAGCAGAGUGUGAUCGAAGUCAUCUGUGAACGAGGUUGAGGGUCAAAGCGCAGCUCAGUCAGAAAAACUGUAUUUAAUUGAAAUAUUAUAUUUGCAAUAUAACAGAAUGUCAAAUUUAUUGAUCAGAUUCAUAAAAUUGCUUUUUGGGAAUCUGUUUAAAUUAUACUGUAGUCGAUCAUCUUGUGUUUGAGGCAUAUACACUGACACUGACUGACAGUUUGGGACAAAUCUACAUUGCAUUCCAGACAUGACAAGUUUCUAGUACACUGGUUAAAGGGCCCAUAUUGUGUGAAAUACAUAAUUCUGGGCUUUUACUAUCUGUAAGGACUUGAAGGGGGUCAGUAGGGACCCUCAUAGUAUUAAAACAGUCAAUCCGCAGACUUUUUCACUCAGUCCAUUCUACGAAAUAUGUUAACGAAAAGUCUCGUUUCGUACUUCCUUCAUUCGGGAUCACACUCGUCUCUCAGCCCCACCCACCCAGUCGGUACCAUUCCAGCCUCCCAACCCACCCCUCCAGCUCCCCACCACUAACCCUCCACACCAAACGCGACACUAAGCAGACAUGUUGCCCAGCUAGCAGCUUGUUAGCUACCACAGGCUAACUACAACAAACAACACUGCAGCGUGGAGGGAUGCAAGGAAGAGAACAUUCUUCCGUGCACAUUCAUCCUAAGAACGUAGCUGUUCGAGACCAGCGGUUACGCUUUAUUUCUUCUGACUUGCCGUGUGGGUGUGCUACUCCCUUGCGAAACGCGGGACGUUACUCCGACAUUGGCGGAAUGUCCUGCUUAAACUUGAACAAACACGAGGACGGUGUAACUUACCGUUCAGAAACAUCCUGUUGUAACCAAAUGUGAAUAUGUGGCUGGUCUUGGUAUCCAAACAUACCAACGUGACUUUCAGCUGUGUUUACCAGAGAGAUCUUAAAUGCGCCAGAAUUAGACUGGUGAUAGGCCUGGUCGCGUGGCACUCAAGGUGCUAGUCAGCCAAUCGGAGGGGCUCAAGAGGCAGGUGAAAUCAGCCUCUUCUGUCUGCGGCUCCAGAGAGGCAGAAGAGAGAACAUGGAAAUACACAUUGCAGCAGUUUUUUCGACUUUAAAUCACUGAUAUUUCAUCUUAGGGGUACCAAUACCUCAAAUUAAAUUCCAGAAAGUUGUAAAAUAUGGGCCCUUUAAAUGUAAAAGUUGUCAUUUAAUAAUCAUAAGAUAUUUAAGGGGAAGCCCAUGUUCCCAUUGAAGGAAAUACAAACAGAAUAUGAAUGAUUAAAAAGUUGUGGUGGAAAUGUUAUGUAUUAAUAUAUUCUCCUUAGUGUCUUUUUGCUGAAUAACUUGCAGUGUGAAUGUCAUCUGAUUAUGCCACGUAUGUCUUACACUAAAACAUCUACAGAAGACCCAUCUUGCCUUCAGGCUGGUUCCAUCUUUUCUGUGCAUGUCUUACACAAACAAACACCUGGUUUAAAAGUCAUGUGUCCACAAUAAAAGUGUCUGAAUGAA